AUGGAGAACAUGAACAAUGUGUCUGAAUUCAUCCUCUUGGGACUUACACCGGAUCGGAACUUACAGAAAGCCUGUUUGGGGCUCUUUUUGGUCUUCUACACAGCAAUUCUGCUGGGGAACCUACUUAUCAUUGUCACAAUCAAGAGCAGUGCCUAUCUGACUUCUCCCAUGUAUUUCUUCCUUAGUUUCCUCUCCUUCGUAGACAUUUGCUACUCCUCUGUUACUGCUCCAAAACUGAUCAUGGACUUUCUUGCUGAGAAGAAGAUCAUCUCCUUUGCUGGCUGCAUAAUGCAGCUCUUUGGGGUCCACUUCUUCGGUUGCACCGAAAUUUUUCUUCUCACAGUAAUGGCAUAUGACCGGUAUAUAGCCAUUUGCAAGCCCCUCCAUUACACAACUAUUAUGAGUAAGGGUGUAUGUAGUUGGUUGGUGGUGAUUUCAUGGGUAGGAGGGUUUGUGCAUUCAUUAGUGCAGACCCUCCUCACCAUAAAUCUUCCCUUCUGUGGGCCCAAUGAAAUUGACCACUAUUUCUGUGAUGUCCACCCUUUACUGAAGUUGGCCUGUGCUGAUACUUACAUUAUCGGCCUCAUUGUCAUUGCCAAUAGUGGCAUGAUUUCCCUGACCUGCUUUCUUGUCUUGACAGUUUCAUAUAUCAUUAUUCUAGUCUCACUGAGAACUCAUUCUUCUGAAGGACGCCUCAAAGCCCUCUCCACUUGUGCCUCCCACAUCACAGUUGUGAUUUUAUUUUUUGGACCCUGCAUCUUCAUCUAUCUGAGGCCUUCAACCACAUUUUCAGAGGACAAGAGUGUGGCUGUCUUCUACACCAUCAUCACCCCUAUGCUCAACCCUUUAAUUUAUACCCUGAGAAAUGAAGAGGUGAAAAAUGCAAUGAGAAAGUUAUGGAGCAAAAAAAGUGCUUUGGGUGGAAAAUAA